UUAUAUUCUUCCAAUCAGAAAAAACGAGCUAUCACUGAUCCAGUCUAAAACGCUAGAAAAUAUCGAUUUAAACACCAUUCUAUUAUUAUUAUUAUCAUUAUUAUUAUUAUUAUUAUCUAUUAUUAUUAUUAUUAUUAUUAUUAUUAUUAUUAUUAUUAUUAUCAUUAUUAUUAUUAUUAUUAUUUCUCGCGGGCAAUAUGGCGUUCGGAAAUCUCUUCGUCCUCGGCUUCGUCUUCGUUUGUUUGCGGAGUGCGUCUUGUUUGCCAAGCGGUGCUGCGCCUUCGUUCCUUGAAGUCGGGAGUUGUGCUUCGGUCUCGCUCAUGGAAGGCUUCGAAUCGGAGAAGUACCUCGGCACUUGGUACACCAUAAGCAGUGUUCCCAACUCCUACAUACCUGUCAAAAAAUGUAUGACAGAUACUGUUACCAGGCAUGAUGGAGAUAUGGAAAUAUUAACGAAGGGAUUUGGUGAAGACGACAGCCCGCAGAGUUCCGAGGCCGUUCUUUCAGAGGUGGUGCCGUUCAACCCUUUCGAGGACCCGUUCUUGCAGCUUCAAGCCAGCCUCGUGCCCCCCGUCCCCUACCACAUCGUCGAGACGGACUACACCUCCUACUCUUGCGUGUACUCUUGCUUCGACCUGCUGAACAUCCGGGCCGAGCUGUUCUUUAUUCUCUCGAGGACGCCUGAGAUCUCGCCCGAGUCCAGACAGCGGUGCCUCGACCUCUUUGAAGAAAAGGACGUCGACACGGGGAAGCUCGUUGAGAUGCAGCAAGAGGGGUGUCCGCGAGAGGAUGACGGGGUGGAGGAGGAGGAGGUCGUGGAGGUUGGGGAGGUCGCCGAGGAGGAGUUCGAGGAGCGAGAUGAGGGACAGGAGGUUGAGAUGGCUGAGGAGGUUGAGGAUGCCCUUGGCCUCUUGCAGAACGCGGAUGAGAUCCCUGAGGAUUCAGGACGAAGGGAUUCUGAAGUUCGGAAAUACGCCUCCGCUGAUGGUUCCGCUGCGGUUGAAGGACGGGACUUGGAGGAUAGCAAGGACUCUUCUGUAAAUGAGGCAAGAGUUCGUGAAGACGCUGCGAGAUCUGUUGACUUGAAGGGUUGCGCUGAGGAGGCCGAUUCUGAAAUAAAGAAAGACGGCAAUGAUGCUCCUGUCAGUACACAAAGGAAAGAUGAAAGAUACGUAUCAGAAGAGGAAUAUGGGGUCUCCGUUCUAGAAGGAGCCGAAGACUUCGUCCAGGAAAUCGAAGAAGACGUCGUCAGAGCGGUGGACACCAUCGAAAACUCGGCUACGAAGCUGAUCGAAGAAGCGUCAGAGGUCUUGGAAAUUCAAGCUAAAGACGUCAAGAAAGACGAGCGCAAACGCAUCCAGGGUAUCGAGGACGCGGAUCAUUUCGAUUCUUCGAGUCCUCCUCUCUCGCUUCCCACGGCAGCCUCGGUCACUUUUGCUGCUCUCUGUCUCUACCUUUAUCGCUAGAUUCUUUUCGUGAACCGUACCUUAAAAAUGGUGUGACGUGCCAUAAAAAUGACAGCGACUCCUGUCCAGAUACUGACACUCGGUGCCUCUCAGAGACCAGUGUCUAAGAGGAGUUAGCAGUAGUAGCUUUUGCUGAAGACUUUUCACUGAAGACGUUUAGGGAGAACUGCUAAUUCCGUAGACGAAAUGGAGGCCCUUGAGUGUCAUCCACAUGAGUGGUGUGGACGAAUUUUGGAUUUCACUUUGCAUUUACUGUAGAUUCAAUGUUACAUGCAGGCGACUGCAUUCGAUAUGCAUUAUCUUAUACAGUUGUAAAUAUUGCAUUCUUGUCUCUUAUAUCUAUUUAUAGUAUGAGAUCUGAGUUCUAUACUGUGACUGAAAAAAAAUUGAGAAUGUUG